AUGUCGGUGGGUAAGAGUGUCACCUUUGCUGUCUCACAAGACUUGAACGUGCCCCUUCAAGUGAGAAUAGACUCUCUUGAGGGAAGCAAACAGCUCCUAAAGGCCUCUGAAAGAUUGACCAACGAAAAGCUUACACAGGUAGAGUCGAAUAUUUCGCCGUAUAGCAACAUGUUAGUGUCUGGCCACAUUGUGGAUGUACAAAGAGAACGGUUUUUGACGAUACCUGUCUUUACUCCAUACGUCCCCUUCAAAGGAAUCCGCAAAUGGGAUCAUUGGAUGACUUUACCAAUAAAGAUUAGCCAGUUGACUAUGACAAGUAGAUUGGCGCUUAUCUUAUGGGAAUAUAAUGGUUCUCAAAGGAUUCCUUUCCACUCCUUACAUACGUCGAUUUUCGAUAAACGGGAUUAUUCUUUGAAGAGAGGAUCUGAAUCGCUGAAAUUCCAUAUCGACGAUCUUGAAGGGAGCGAACAACUACAAGAUGAUCCGAUAUGCGAUAACUUGAAUAAAUACUACCUGAAUGAAUUUAAAAGUGUUGACUGGCUAGAUAAGUUAACGCUCAAAAUUCUUGAGGGCCAGCGGUUGGCAAGGGUUUGGCCUGUGGGAACAUUUGUAUUAAAUAUUGAAUUCCCAGUGUUUGAUCUGCCAAUAGUCUAUACCGAAAAGAAGGCAAUGGACAUCCAACGAAAUAUUCCAACAAUUAGCAACUAUGAAACAACCAAAGAGGAUGUACGAGGACCACCCCAGGUCAGGAUAUCUUUGGGAGACAAAACUCAGUCGACUUUGAAGUUUUACGACCCUGAUCAGUUCAAUUCAAACCCAAUAGAAGAAAAGUACAGAAGGCUAGAAAGAGCAGCAAAACACUCUGACUGGGACAAACAGGUGAAACCGAACGCAAGGAAGCGUGAUUACCUAAACAAGAUCAUCAACUACCCACCAGGCAGACAAUUAACAGCCCAGGAGAAGGGCUCCGUCUGGAAAUAUAGAUAUUACUUGAUAAACAACAGGAAGGCACUGACAAAAUUACUACAAAGCACAAACCUUAAUGAAGAAUCUGAAAGUGCAGAGGUACUGGAAAUGAUGGACACCUGGGCAGAAAUUAACAUCGAGGAUGCAUUGGAGCUAUUGGGCCCAGAGUUUUCUAACCUGUCGGUAAGAUCGUACGCGGUGAACCGGCUGAAAAAGGCAUCAAAUAAAGAGCUGGAAUUGUACUUAUUGCAACUGGUGCAAGCCAUAUCUUUUGAGAAUUUUUCAUCUUUUGUCGAUAAAACCAACAGUGAGUUUACCAUUGUCGAUGUUAAUGCGUCACAAAAGAUGUUGAAGUCUGUGUCCAGCAGUCAAGAGAGUAAGGAUUUAAUGGGAAAUUUGGCGAACGGAGAUCCCAAUCUGGCGGAAACUCCGAUAGUUAUUUCCCCUCUGGCAGAAUUUCUAAUAAAAAGGGCGCUGAGCGACUCAAAAUUGGGGAACUACUUCUUUUGGUAUUUGAAGUCUGAAAGCCAGGAUAAGCCAUAUUUGACUCAAAUUUCAGAGUCCUUUUGGAGUAGACUUGACAGUGAAAAUAAACAAAGAUUAUCUAAGCAGAUCGAAUUUAUCAAAUUGCUGCACCAAUUUUGCUUAGAGGUCAAAGGUUUGAAGGAUUCGACUGUCAAAAAAAUUGAGCUACUGCAUGAAUUACUAAACUCCAAAAUGAAGCACUUUUUGAAACAUAAGCAGAUUCAUCUACCAUUGGAUCCAGAUAUUUUGUUGGUGGACGUCCUGCCGGAGAAAUCAAAAGUGUUCAAGAGCUCAUUGUCACCCCUCAUGAUCUCCUUCAAGACAGCCGACAAUUCCACUUACCAACUUAUGUACAAAGUUGGGGAUGACCUCAGACAGGACCAGCUGGUGGUUCAGAUUAUCAGAUUGAUGGACGAACUGCUGAAGAACGAAAACGUUGAUUUGAAAUUGACUCCGUACAAGAUUUUGGCCACGGGCCCUCAGGAGGGUGCGAUGCAAUUUAUACCCAACAGUACCCUGGCCAGUAUCUUAAGUAGCUACCAUGGCAUUGUCCCCUUCCUACGAAAGCAUCACCCAGAUCCGGACAACAGUGCGGACCUAAACGUCCAAAAUUGGGUGAUGGACAAUUUCGUCAAGUCGUGUGCAGGAUACUGUGUCAUAACGUACAUACUUGGUGUUGGUGACCGGCAUUUAGACAACCUUCUGAUUACUCCCGAGGGGAAGUUUUUCCACGCUGACUUUGGUUACAUCUUGGGGCAAGAUCCCAAACCUUUCCCCCCAUUGAUGAAACUGCCGCUACAGAUUAUCGAGGCCUUUGGCGGUGCAGAGUCAGAAAACUAUAACAAGUUCAGGAGCUACUGUUUUGUCUCGUACUCCAUCCUAAGGAGGAAUGCAGGUUUAAUCUUGAACCUGUUUGAGCUGAUGAAAAACUCGACCAUUCCAGAUAUAAGAAUCGACCCAGACGGUGCAAUACUCAAGGUGAAGGAGCGGUUCAACCUCGACAUGUCAGAGGAAGAAGCCACUUUCUACUUCCAAACACUCAUAAACGACAGUGUCAAUGCACUGCUGCCGAUUGUCAUAGACCAUCUGCACAACUUGGCGCAAUAUUGGAGGGCGUAG